AUGUCCGGUCUUUACCAUAUCUACAACAUCCUAAUCCUAAUUACUAUUCUCUGUCUAUCACCCACAUGGGCCCAAUCAGUGGAGCCCACCGACCUGACCGUGCCACGAUCCGCCUGGCACGCAAGUGGAGAGAUCACAGACCGUCGAUCACUACAACCCGCAGAGGAAACCACAACAGUGCGCCGACGAACAAUCAUAACAGCAUCAAAUUCCACUUCGACAGGAAUGCCCAAGCCGUUCGACACACUCUCCUACAACUUCGCCAACGCAACCACCUGCAUCGACUUCUUCGCGAAAUGGCGUGCCAACACGACAAUCUCCAAUUGCAACGCCAUCUCCCUCCUCAUCGAGAACUCAAAUGCCUUCUUCCACACCCUUAAUUCAGCCUCCGCCACCUCCCGCAUCCUGGAAACCUCCUGCUCGGCAAAUGUCUCCAAGUGCGCAUCCAUCAUGACCGCUCUCGCGGCCGAUCUACUCAAAUCCGCCAACUGCGGUGACGACUAUGAUAACGGUAACUCCGUCGUCAAGGGCACGUAUCGCGACCUCGUCGCAUACGAACCAAUAUACCGCACCACCUGUCUUACAAACCCAUCGACCCAGAACUACUGCUUCGUCGACGCAGUGUCGAAUUCAAAAAACCCAGAUGACUACAACGUGUACCUCAUGCCGCUGGGUACCCCUCUCACUGUCGGGGAUGUGCCAACUUGUAAUAAGUGCUUGAAAACGACUAUGGAUGUCUUUUCGAGAUGGGCGAGACGAGACGGCCAGUCUCUUGAUUCGACCUAUCUCCCCUCGGCGAAGAUUAUCAAUGCACACUGUGGUGAUGGCUUUGCAUUAACUAAUAUCACUGUUGGCUCGGUGGAUGUCAGGGCUGGGGCGGCUCUUACUGCUCCCUUGCCCAAUCUUGGAAUUGCCACUUUCGUGGCUUUGGUUUUUGGUGUCAUGGCAGGCCUGUUUUGA